AUGGCCAGCAGUUGUCCAAAUGAGGGCAUCUGCCACACCUGUGGUAAAACUGGCCACCGUGCUAGGGCGUGCUCAGCUCCAGCAAUUCCUCCAGGGGACUUAAGGUUAUGCCACAACUGUUAUAAGCUGGGUCACAUUGCUGUUGAAUGUAUGAAUGAGAAGGCUUGCAAUAACUGUAGGAAAACAGGACACUUGGCACGUGAUUGUCCAAAUGACCCCAUUUGCAAUGUGUGCAAUGUUUCUGGACAUAGGGGAGGUGGGGGUUUGGAUAGGCUUAAGGAUGAUCUUGGAUGUGGUUGUGAUGUGGACAGGAGGAGGCAGUGGCUGAUUGUGUAG